AUGGAUGUUCGCAAAAUAUCUUUCACUUUUGAAAAUGAGACCGACAAGACAAGCGACGAUGUCGCGUCUCUCAAAAUUGCCUUCUUGGGAACUCGGCAUCCGCAUGUGAUGUAUCGAUUUGCGAUCCUAGAGAAAAUGGGUGGCUUCGAGUUUUCCGGGUUCUUUGAAGAGGACACAGAGAUCGCAAAAGGACUAAGUGAAAGACUACCACAAUUGACACGAUUUGAGAGUCCGGAGGGACUACUGGACACCAAUCCCGAUAUUGUGAUGAUACACUCCUUGGAUCCAGAUGUUCCUCGUUGGGCUCGAUUCGCGAUUAAUCACCCAGCUCCCUUCAGAGGACUAUUUCUCGAAAAGCCAGGGGCAGCUAUCCCUGAAGACUUCUACAAAUUAGCCGAGGAAAUCCAGCAGAAGAGGCCGGGCCUUGCAGUAGAGCUCGGAUAUGAAUUACAUUAUUCUGAAUCUCUACAAUUCGCCCGCAAAGUCAUCCAAGAAGGAGUCCUUGGAGAUAUUACCACUGCCCGGUUCCAUGGAGGCUGUCCUUCGGGAGCUGGAAUGGAUUUGUGGCAAUCUAUUCCAGAAGACCUCGGUGGAAUUAUGCAAACUGAAGGAUGUCACACCCUGGAAAAUGUGUUGGAUCUCUUUGGAGAACCAGACAGAGUUGUUUCCUCAAUCCGAAAAUUGUCACAGAGACCACCUCAUCCUGUAGUGGGCUGGAUCCCAGAUAUUUUCACUGGGACAGUUGAGAGUGGCCAGUUUGGAGUGGGGUCCUUGUUGUAUGAGGACGUUUGCUCUGGCAUUAUGGAAUAUCCAGAUAAAACCAUCGUGUUGGAUAUGACUGCCUGGGAGCCAACUGAGUGGUGUAAUGAAUGGGCAAUCGAUGUGUAUGGAACUAAUGGAUCUUUACACGUCAUACCCGACUACCCAGUCGCGAAAUUGUAUCUGCGUGAGGGCAGAGGGGAUUUCCCAGCUGGUGAGACCAAAAUGACAACGGAACACCCACAUGGAACCUCUAAUAUCCCCAGCUGCUACCGCAAACAGUUGGAGACAUUGUUCACCAGAGUUCGGGACUCUAAGCCUCCUGCUGACGGCUGUUGUGAUCUCAUGACCAAUGUUGGCAUAUUGAAGGUCAUUGAUGCGUUUUACAAAUCAGCAGAAUCUCGCCAGUGGGUUGAUGUAUAG